AUGAGCAAUCUGAUUAAUUGCCAUCAAAAGGAGAAGGAAAACAUUGCGGAUUUUCGUAAACGAUUUGAAGAAAGGGCGAAGGCAUUGCAAGCUUUGCUUGGUGAUGAUUUUUUGGACAAAUUUACUGAGAAGAGUCAGGAAUGUGAUUUAUUGGGAAGCGAUGCUGAACGAUCGCAACAUAAGAAGGAAUCAUGGGAAAGAUUCAUGGCCAACGGAUUUCUGUAUAAUUCCGAUAGAGCCAAGUAUCAAUCAAGAAUUAAUGGAAUGACGGCGCAGUACACGUUGAAGCAUCUGGAUUUCAAACAACGUUGUACAUUUCCAACUACUUUGGAAAAUGCUGCUGAUGUUUUGAAUCAACACAAGCACGAUAAUAGGAAGAAGAAUUCGAAUGGAGGAAAUUCGAAUGGACAAGGCAAACAAAACAAGUCAAACAACAAUCAAAAUGACGGAGCUCAGUUUUCGCAACAACAAACUUGA